ACUUGCUUUUUGUGUGGAAGUGGGCGAACAAUCCUGUCUGUCUUCCCCCCCUCACCCCAAAAAAAAAAAAAAAAAAAGUAAGGCAGCGGGGAGAGCGAUCGAGGAGUAAAGCCUGCAGGGAGAUUGGUCCAACGAGGCGCGCAGCCCCGGUUAUAAGUCCUGGAAGUGGGAGUGCACCCUCGCUCCGACCCUCUGCUCCAGAUACCUGACCAGCACCAUCAGCGGGCUCCACUUUUUGAGCUCGGCUCCCUCCUUCGGGGUGCUGGUUCUGGACCGCUUGAAGAAGAAGAGGGGUCACAUCCCCCCCGCCCCCUGACCGAAUCGAUCUUAAAUAGAUGGACUUGUUUCGCCGCUUUCCUGCCGGAGACACCUGCGGUUGAAUAUUUGUGUGUUUCUGGGACUGACUGAAGGUUCCUGGGUCCACAGACGCGUUUUGGGUCUUGAUGGGAGACACACAUGGCUGAAGAAGGGAGGUAGAAGACCAGAUCCGCUGUGAAGAGCACCUCCACCCCUCCAGUGCAGCCUACGAUCCAAAGUUCCUUGUGUGUGACAUCGGAUGCCGCCCACCAUGCUGCCAGCCUGUGUCUGCGCGCUCCUGAUGCUGGGGGGUCACGUUCUUGCCGGAGGGUACCCCCCCAUACCGCACAUGAAGUACAUGCAGCCCAUGAUGAAAGGGCCCGUCGGACCCCCGUUCAGAGAGGGCAAGGGGCAUUACGUUGACAUGCCACCCAUGUUAGAUGUGAAGGGGGAGCCAGGACCCCAAGGAAAACCAGGACCAAGAGGUCCCCCUGGUCCACCAGGGCAACCAGGAAAACCUGGUCUAGGGAACCCGGGCCUCAAUGGACAGCCAGGUCCUCAGGGCCCCCCUGGCUUUCCAGGAAUCGGUAAACCAGGACUCCCGGGAUUACCAGGAAAGAUGGGGCCAAAGGGCAUGUCCGGACACAACGGCGAGGUCGGCCCUCGCGGUGAACCAGGCCCCAGGGGUCAACCAGGGCAGCCGGGACUCCCAGGCCCCGCUGGCCUGUCUCUUAAUGGGAAACCUGGACUUCCAGGCGUCAGAGGCCCGCCUGGCUCUAGGGGAGAACCAGGAUUAAAAGGCACCUCUGGCCCAACGGGUGAGCGCGGCCUUAAGGGUGAGAACGGAAACGGGACUCCAGGUCCUCCUGGUUUGAGAGGUCCCCCUGGCCUCAAAGGUAGUACGGGACCACCCGGUCUUACAGGCAUUGGUAAACCUGGACCAAAAGGUUUGCCUGGGCUGUACGGCGCCAAAGGUGAUCAGGGAAUUCCAGGGGAUCGAGGGGAACCAGGAGAGGUCGGGCCUCCAGGGCUACAAGGUCAACCAGGUCCUGUGGGGAUAGGAAAGCCUGGAAUCGAUGGAUUGCCAGGAGCACCGGGUCUCUUAGGCCCAAAAGGCGAGCAAGGGCUGAGGGGUCCGCCAGGAUUUCCUGGUACGCCAGGCUUUGGAAAACCUGGUCUGAAUGGACCAAAAGGAGAAAAGGGCCAUACCGGGCUGCCUGGUCUUCCUGGAGAAAAAGGAGAACAAGGAAUGGUAGGCCUCAUUGGAGGACCAGGUCUUGAUGGACAACCAGGCCCUCCUGGUCUUCACGGCCCAAUGGGACUCCCAGGAAAACAUGGUAUACCCGGACAUAAGGGAGAACUUGGCCCCCAAGGCCCUCCGGGGCUGCCAGGCCUCAGGGGGGAUCAAGGUCCCAAUGGGAACCCAGGAAAAGCUGGUAUUCCCGGGGACAAAGGCUUACCUGGGCCAAAUGGAGCAAUCGGAAAACCCGGGCCCAAAGGUGAAGCAGGACAUAUCGGUUUACCGGGUAAUCCCGGGCUGACCGGUGGUCCGGGGCCCAAAGGCGAGCCAGGAUUUAUGGGCACACCUGGCCCCAGGGGUCAGUCAGGCAUCCCCGGUCUUCAGGGACCCAUGGGUCCCAUGGGGCCUCAGGGUGCCCUGGGCUUGAAGGGUGAGCCCGGAUUCCCAGGACUUCCCGGACUGGGUAAAGUUGGCGAGAAAGGACCGAUAGGUCCACAAGGCCCUCCGGGGAAACCAGGCCCUGCCGGACUUAACGGCAACCCUGGUCCUCCUGGUCCUCCGGGGGCCCCGGGUCCUGCGGGCAACGGCCAAACAGUUGUGGCGGGUCCAACGAAUUCGCAGCUGGAAGGGGGUGAGGUGCCGGGAGACCGCAAGGGGCCGGCAUUCAGUCAAGUUCCGCUCUCCGCCUCCUUAGCGCCGGCUUUCACCGCCAUCCUCACCAAGCACUUCCCUCCCUCCGGCAUGCCCAUCAUGUUCGACAAGACUCUGUACAACGGGCAGAACGCCUACAGUCUCACCACAGGGAUCUUUACUGCCCCGCUGUCCGGCGUCUACUACUUUGCCUACCACGUCCACGUGAAGGGCACCAGCCUGUGGGUGGCCCUGUACAAGAACAAUGUGCCCGCCACCUACACCUACGACGAGUACAAGAAGGGCUACAUGGACCAGGCUUCCGGCAGUGCCGUCCUGGAGCUGAAGGAGGGCGACCAGGUCUGGGUCCAGAUGCCCUCGGAUCAGGCCAACGGUCUCUACGCCACCAAGUACAUCCACUCCUCUUUCUCAGGGUUCCUGCUCUGUCCCACAUAACCCUGCUCCCUCGGGUCCUGCACGGUCCAAAGGACCAAAGCCUAGGAAAAUACUUGCAGCCGUCACGAAAAAAAAAAAAACUGUCCCGUCGCAGCGUUUUAGUCGUCCUUUGUGUCUCCUGGCAGCCACAGAAGAACCCUUUAGAAGACGGGGGAGUUAUAUUUUGUCUGUGAAUUAUUGCCUUGUGUUCAAAAAGUGGCGGUGCAAGUCCCCAAGGGCCUGGCGGUGACAUAUUUAGCAUCCACAAAUUGUAAGUACACAAAAAACUGUUCGGUGUCUUUGUCCUCUGAGUGCAGUUUCUCAUUAAAGGGGACCUGGGAUGAU